UUGUCGCCUGUUAUUGGACCUGCGGGGUGAAACCGCCGGCUGGCGGCCUGCAGCAGGAGACGCCCCCCAUCCUCCGCGGGGACCCCAAACUGCAGACUGUUAAAGCGGGAAACCGGCUCUCUGAUCCACGAAGACGCGGUGAGUGCACCUGCGUGACCUGGUCCGGCUCUCGGAGCCCGGGAGCUGGUUAAGACCUGGAUCUGGCCGUGGCCUCGUAAUAAUCCUCUAAAGAGCAUUAGCGGGCUAAGUUUGGCCCUGGACUGUGACCGGCGGCUUCACCUCAGGUUCGCUCACCAUGAUGCAGAUAUCUGAAUCCUACAACCAGAAGAACUCGCUCUUCAACGCCAUGAACCGCUUCAUCGGCGCCGUCAACAACAUGGACCAGACGGUGAUGGUGCCCAGCCUGCUGCGGGACGUCCCGCUGGACGACGCCGAGGACCCGAAGGCGGAGAGCCCCGCUAACGGCGGCGCUUACUUCCACCAGGACGCCGACAUGUACAGCUCGUACGUGCUGCUCAAGUCCAUCCGCAACGACAUGGAGUGGGGCGUCCUGCAGGGCGAGAAGGUGGGCGCGGCAGAGGUGGACGAGGACGACCUGGAGAAACAGUUUCAUUUCCACCUGAAAGGACUCCACACGGUUCUGUCCAAGCUGACGUGCAAGGCCAACACGCUCACGACCCGCUACAAGGAGGAGAUCGGCUGCGGGAACUGACCGCGGACUGAUCCGGUUCCAGACGUUCUGCACGGCCUCGGUUUCCUAAACGUUUCGGCUCAUUAACUGCAGCUCCGCUUUCAUUUCUGCUUCCUGUCUGUGGGAAACUGUCACAAUAUAAACAGGCUGUAACAACAGAAGCCAGAGGCGUAAAGCGUCCAAACAGAGAGCGUUUACAACCUUUUUAGCUCGUGUGUCGAAUGUCUACCUGCGACCCCGUUUAACCAGAAACCAACUUUUUAAGGGAAAAAGACCCGAAGAAAUAAAAUCAUCCAGUAAUUCACAAGAAAUAACGCAAAGAUUUGGAGAAAUAUGUGCAGAAUAUAAUCAUCUGAGCUGCUGGGGUUUAAUACAAUCUAAAAUUGGCCAAAUUGUGAAUGAAGGCUGGGACUGGAUGGUCAAAACACACGAUUAUGAAUGUGACCAGACAUUCGAUGCCAACAGCUUUUAAGAAUAGGAAGCGAAACAGCAUGGAGGCCUGACACCCGGGCAGCGACUUCUCUUCACUUCUACUGGAAAGUGAAACCUGAAACUUGUUUGAGAGUCGGCUGCCCGGCCUCGUAAGUAUUGAGUCUGUAAAAAACACAAACCCAGUAAAACAGAAGGGUCAGGAUAGUCAGGGUAUCUCCACCUGGAAAGACUUUGGAGUUCAUGAGCUGAAACACCAGUGUGGUUCAUUAAAACACAUCGGCUUCAUCGCACAGGGAUGAUACACUGUGGGCGUCUGUCUGUCCGUCGGCCUGUCCUCUCCUGACGUUUCACGCUGUAAAUCCAAAACUAUGCAAACGCUGAGAGGGAGCCUCGCUGCUCGGCUUUAAGCGGCAGCUUUAAUGUCUGGAUGUGACGAUUCUGCCGACCUGCUUCAAGGCUUUUAUUUAACUUUCUGAACAAAACGAUCCUGGUGAGCGCUCCCAGCUGCCUUUAGGCCAGUGAGCUCAUUUCUUUCCAGAUGUUUUUCUGUCUUUAUGAUUGGAAACUGAAUAUUUUGGGGUUUUGGACUCAUUUCAUCCAUUUAAUAUGGUGCUUUUGAUGAUCAGCAAUUGAUUCGUGUUGACGGUUUAGUCUGUGAAAUGUCAGAAAUCAGUGAAAACUCAGAUUCAGUUUCUCGUCAUAAAAGACUUCAGAGAACAUUUUUCCUUAAUCGAUCGAUCAAACAGUUUCUACUUUCCUUUAAAGAACAAUAAGUUUGAUGUUUAUGUGAAGCUCAUUCAGAACUUCAGCUAGAUUCUCCUGAAUUUAAAAAGCUUUUCUGCUCUGGUUAACAAACUGUCUGAAGUGGAAGAUAAACUGAAUAGAAAACAAACUGCAGCUUUAUCGACUCCGAGCUUCGUGGUCGAUGACAUGUCUGCAAAGGUUUUGGGACUCUGUGUGUGUGAAUAAUACUGUAUGUGAAAAUAUUAACGUUACGUCCACAGAGCUAUGCAUUUUCUAUUUAACGUCCAGCUUGGCAAUUAAAGGUUUUUGAUGAGUA